AUGCAACGACGCUUCAAACAAACAUCACUUCCGAAGCGCAAUACAGUCUCCUUGAUGGAUUUGGAACCAAUAAUGUCCAGGCUGUCUGCAACAGAGGCGGCGACCGUUGGUGCCAAGAUGUUUCUCUUGUGGAUGGUCCUCUUUGCCGUCUACAAUGCCACCAAAGUAUUUUUCCGAGUUCAUGGUUGGAGGCAUCGAUUGGCUGGGGGCGUUCAUUUACUAUGGCUUUUUGUGGGUGCUUGGACUGCUAACUGUACUUCAGAUACGCCAGAUUCUCGAUUUUCCAUCUUUGUCUAUGAUAUUCUGCUUGGAAUUUUUGGAACGGCAGCUACGCUGACGGCAGCUCGAGACUUCCCUCACAAGCUGGUGUCCAAUGCGGUUGGUCAAUCGGGAACCUUGCAUAAAAAGGCCAUUGUAACACAAGCAGAAAUGAUUGAGCAUUCCUUUUACCAAGCAUUGAAUUUGUGGCAGGCCAUCUAUUUGCACGCCCUCCACUAUUUUUCCAACAGCAAUCAGCAAAGAGUCACAAAUUCAGUAUUGCUCUUUCUGGUGACCAUGCCCUGGUUGUUCCGUCAUUUACUUCCUGUUCACUCAUUUAGCCACAAUUGGAAGGUGUACCUGAAACAGCAAAAUCGAGAUACAAAUGAUUCGAUGGUACGGAAUACUACUGAGACGAGAACGGCAGAAAAAGGCAAAAGUAAAAACACUGCCACUGGGGAUCUGGAGGUGUUUCUGUACCGUAUCAAGAAGUGGCAAUACGUCUUUUACAAGCACGUGAUUCUACAUGGAGUGAACAUAUCGCUUGCAGUUGCUUCUACAUCCGCCAUUCAAGAUUCGGCCAUACCCUACUCACGUUCUUGGAGAAUAUUUUGGGUUUUGCUCAACACAUCCUAUGUCAUGGAAUUCUUCCUACAGAGCAUGGUGAAGGCUCGUGUAUUGAGCCAAUUUACCAUGUUACGGCUCCAACGAUUCCUCAUGACGAUAUCCAGCUUGAGUGCACUGGUCGUCUUGAGACAUGUUCGUGUUUGGAUUUGCUUCUCUUCACUGAUCUUGAACUUUGUGCAUCGCCAUCACGAUCUGGGGAACACCAUGGGCAUUUCCUUUGUUGCUUCAAUGUGGAACGAAUUGCAUGGAUAA